CUCUAAAUCCUGAUCUCUCACUCCCACUCCCACUCCCACACGCAAUUAAACAACCUAUUUCAUGGUCAUGUGUUUGUUCUGUGCAUGUGCUUAAUUUGCCUCUGCCUUCCCCGCCUAGCUAGCUGCUGCCUUUCUGCACCAAGUAAAACACAGUACCCAAUACAUAUGGAGGAAGAGCAGGCGGUGGUCAAGUUGCCUCUGAUUGAAGCAGAGUGCUCUGCUCGUUUAAGGAUUAGCAAUAUUGAUUAUGAUCAAGAAAAUGGUGGUGUUGGUAGCCUCAACAGUGCGGGUGCCCGUGCUCCUGUUGAAACAAGAUCGACGCCUGUUCUUUUUGUUUGCACCUUUGCGGCCGCCUGCGCUGCCUUCACUGGUGGUUGUCUGGUGUCAUAUACAUCACCGGCUGAGUCUGGAAUCAUUGCUGAUUUGAGUCUCACUGUGACAGAGUACUCCUUUUUUGGUUCAAUAAUGACAGCUGGAGCAAUGAUUGGCGCCGUAAUAAGUGGGAGGAUGACAGAUUUCAUUGGUCGUAGACUUACAUUAUGGAUUUUGGACAUAUUCUACAUCGUAGGCUGGCUUGCCAUUAUUUUCGCUGAGGGUGCUUGGUUGCUCGACCUUGGAAGACUGUCGCUGGGAAUUGGGUUUGGGCUUACUUGUUAUGUGGGACCUGCAUAUCUUGCAGAAAUAAUACCAAAGGAUAUAAGAGGACUACUAAUGUCAAUCAGUCAGUCAAUGACUGGUUAUGGUGCUUCUCUCACGUUUGUAAUCGGUUCUUUCGUCACCUGGCGUUCUUUGGCCAUUAUAGGUUGUAUUCCGAGUCUGUUACUGCUCCUUGCUCUGUUUUUCAUUCCAGAGUCUCCAAGAUGGUUGGAUUAUAUCGAAAACCAGCGUCUUCAACAGAACUCCGACGACAAUGUCCUCAACUUGUUUCGGAGAAAAUAUCUUCAUAUAGUCAUUGUUGGAGUUGGGCUUAUGGUAGUGCAAGCAUCAGGAGGCUUAUAUGGAUUUAUGUUUUAUAUGAGUGAAAUUUUUGAUUCAGCUGGUAUCUCUAGUACACUGGGGUUUAUCCUGGUGGCUGUUCUUCAGGUAGAUGAUCUUAUAAAGAUCCUUUUAGUUCAAAUAGUUGGAUAUAUUGAUCUGUUUUUGGCGAGUUUCUUUGAAAAUAGAGUUUCAUUUCCUCUGCAGAUUCCUUUAAUUGUUUUGAGUGCAGCACUGAUAGAUAAAUUUGGAAGAAGAACGCUGUUGAUGGCUUCUGCAACUGGGCAAUGCUUAGGCUGCCUCCUCACCGGAUUAUCCUACUUCUUGCAGGAACUUGACUGGUGGAAAGAAGCAAGUCCCAUUUUGGCGCUGAUAGGGGUUUUGGUAUAUAUGGGAUCUUACGCAUUUGGCAUGGGUGGAAUACCAUGGAUUGUGGUGUCAGAGGUGAAUGCCAGUCUCCUGAUCACUUGUGUCUUAAUUCCAGAGUGUCAUGCACAUGAGUUCUUAUGCCAAGUACUGAUGAUCAUGCACGCAUAUAAAUAUCCUUUUGUUGGGAAUAUUGCUUUUGUUUUUCAGGAACAUUUUUCAUAUAUGCGGGCAUAUGUGGUUUUGGGGUUGUUUUCAUCGCAAAACUAGUGCCGGAGACUAAGGGGCGAACAUUGGAAGAAAUACAUGCAUCGCUGACUCGUAUUAUGCAGUGAGAAAUUACAUUAAUCAAUGGCCAUGAAAAUUGCUAAAAAUUAUUCAAGGGUUUUAUACUGUAAUCACGAACUACUAUUUAUUAAUUCAACACAAAGUGUGCUUUCAGCUGCUA